AGUGUUUUGGAAUUUUUCUUUCCAGCCCGAGCCGUUAUUGAAGUACGAAAACAAAGAUGAACCAUCCUCAUCCUAUUCAUUGCAUAGAGUCACCCUUUUCCUUCCCACCGCCAUUUGAGAACGGCACCGAUGCCUCGCUCUUCGUCCCCGGUUUUGGAGGACUCCCAGUCAAGCUCGAACUCCACCUUGAAGAUCGAUUCACUCGUGCCACUUUGGAAUGGGCUCAAGAUCUUCCUACCACUGCCCGAGAGCUCGCAAUGCUUACUCUGAUGGACAAGAUUACCGACAGACCAAACUGGUUCAAAGAAGUCCUUGAUGAGAAAGCCAUUUCAAAACUACGUGAAAAAGCACUCGGCCAGAAAUUGAUCAGUACGAAAGCUUGGGAAUGGUGUCUUCUAGAACUCCAAGACAAGGCUCGUGUCUUUCCAGAGGAUAAAAGAACCCUGGUCUACAAUACUGGAGCUGGUAUUUGCAAAUCUGACACCAUCGUUGACGAAGGAACUCGGACUUUGUUGAAGGAGAGCAUUGCUGUGUUCAUGGAUUCGACUUUGGCAGCCCAUGAUCAAAGACGACAUCCAGCACAGCAGAUGAAUACCAUUGUGGAUCCUAUGAUGUAUCCACUAAUAUAUGGCAAAUCUCUGUAUCUCGACGGAGAAGCAGUGCAUGUCGCAGAUCUAUUCGGAUCCAUCAGUAAAGCCAAAGUCGCACCAGAACCUCGAUCAGAGAAUGGGUGGAAUCGAAAACAAUCUGAUCGGGCCGGUUGGUCCUUGAAUCAUCAAAGAUUACCUUGCGAAGCCGAAUUUACGGGAGAUACUGGGACGGAAUUCCGCGUAACUUCCUACAUCAAUGGUAUUCAUCCUGGGUUUGAAACCUUGUAUGGUGCAAUUGAGAAAUUGAUCUCACAUUCAAUCAAACCCUGGAAUGAUGUACUCAUCAAAGACCAACGUCGUGGACGCACACCUGCACGCGUAAAGACGUACGGCGUGUCUUGCGAGCCCGAGACACCUUGCUGGAGAAAAUACACCGAUGCAGGAAAGAAGCCAGGGACCGCCGAAUACUACACCGCCAUCCAAGAAGCAAAAGCUUACUGCGACUUGCCCGACUGGGACGCCUCGAUCGAAAGCUAUGGUACGAAGAGUUCGAGCAUGUACGAGACAACAGAUGAUAUUGAGGGCUGGCUUGAGAAAGGAAAUUGUCUAGGCUUCCUGAUGUGGGAACAGCAUGACAGACUGGUGCAUCCCGUUCACCCAGAACCUAGCGAUGCAUACAGCUAUCAGCAAUGGAAGACCGGGCUAGUCAGUGAGGAAAUUUGCAAGGAGAAUCUCACACGCUCUAAUUGCCAAUACAAAUGCCCGGACCUAGACCCCUCUUUCAAUCACGAAUUUUACAACGUAAACCUCCAAGACACUUUUCGAAACAAGGGACUUCAGAUAAUUGUCAAAAUUGUCAAUGUCAAGUUGACUCCGGAAAAUCCAGACUUCAGAGGAACACACUGGCAUAUCGAAGGUUCUAAAAACGACCACAUCGUUGCAAAUUCCCUGUACGUCUUCGAUUCAACCAACGCCAUUGCCUCCGGGAUAUCAUUCCGUCAAGAGAACGAUAUCUAUCUCGAUGACCACUGCGAUGUCAAAGACGACGAUGAGGCCCUCGAAGACGUGUUGACCGUCUUCGCCAUCACAGACAAAGAACACAUCGUUCCUGGCUAUCCAUGCGAAGCACCGGCUCUUCAGGAACUAGGCAGUGUAGGCUUACCCGAAGGUCGCUUGAUUGCGUGGCCGAAUAUGUUGCAUCACCAUUUACAUGGUGUUGAAUUGAUCGACAAGGACAAAGCUGGAUGUUUGAGCUAUGUUGUCUUAUCGCUGGUGGAUCCAUAUUAUCGCAUAUGUUCGACUAGGAACGUGGUUCCGCAGGAUCGUAGAUGGUGGGCCGAAGAAGCCAUCAUUGCAGCUAUACCGCCGGGUAUGAUAGUCCCCAGGGAGAUCGUCGAUCACAUCAACAGUUUCACUGGUGACUGGCAAUUGAACCCAACAGAGGCAGAAGAAGUAAAGGAAAGGAUGACGGAAGAUUAUGAAAGACACAGGGACUUGUUGAUGAAUUGGCCGGCCAACAGAUAUAGUUUCAGCCACAGCGACUACAACAUGUUUGAUGUGCCGCCGUUUUUAGAUAUGAGGUAUGCGGAUGGGAGAUCCAAGGUUGAGCGCGGAAGGGUUUGA